CCAUGAGGGACACAUCGCACGGGCUGGAGGCUCUAUCGCCUCUGCCCUGCGCCAUUCCUGUGCAGCUGUGGAUAAGAGGCACAACUCUCCAGGCGCACGACGCUGAGACCCCUCUUCAUCACCACCGCCUCGGGCCUGGUUUCACGCGUGUGGGGAUAAAGGCUCUCCGACCUCUGAUCUCGGCUUUCGACCUUUUCGCUUGACGGUCAACUGCAGCGUGUGCGGUCUGCAAGAUGUCGAACACGACGGACGAGAAGCGGGAUACAAGGGAGACCAUCAGCGCGGUGCCUGCAUUGCAGACACGGAGCACGAGGGAGCCACAGGAAAGCUCGAUGGGCAGGAAGGCCCGGCUCAGCGCAUACUUUACCAUCGCUGCGGCCGCGUUCGGGCUCAUCUCCGAUGGCUAUCAAAACAACCUCAUGACGAUGGCCAAUGUCGUGUACAAGAAGUUGUACGCAGCAGAAUACACGUCCUCCGUAUCCACCCGCGUCUCGAACGCCCUUCUAGUCGGCGAGGUCAUCGGGCAAGUGUUUGUCGGCCUCAUUUGCGACCGCGUUGGGCGCAAGGCGGCACUGGUCCUCACGACGCUGCUCAUUGUCAUCGGCGCGACGCUCGCCACGGCUGCACACGGCGCACACGGGAGCGUCAAUGGUCUGCUGUGGUUCGUUACCAUUGCACGCGGGAUCACUGGCGUGGGUGUAGGUGGAGAGUACCCCGCAAGUUCGACGAGCGCGAGCGAAGCCGCGAACGAGUCGAUGGUCAAGAAUCGUGGGCCAGUCUUCAUCAUGGUCACGAACUUCGUGCUCAGCUUCGGCGGCCCACUUUCGGUAGCUGUCUUCCUUAUUGUGCUGAGCGCCGCGGGAGAGAAUCAUCUCGAGACUGUCUGGCGCGUUUGCUUCGGCAUCGGCAUCCUCCUCCCGCUCACCGUGUUCUACUUCCGGAUGCGCAUGCUUUCGCCUAAGCUGUUCCGCGAGUCCGCGAUCAAGCACCGCGUGCCCUAUUGGCUUGCCAUCAAGCGCUACUGGCGCCCGCUCAUCGGGACGUGCGGCGCGUGGUUCCUCUACGACUUUGUGACCUUCCCGAACGGAGUCUUCUCGGGGACGAUCAUCUCGAGCGUGAUCCACGACGGCAGCAUCAAGUCGACGGCGGAGUGGCAGCUCCUCCUCGGGGCGAUCGCCUUGCCGGGUGUGUUUGUAGGCGCAGCCUUGUGCAACCCGCUCGGUCGGCGGAACACGAUGAUCCUCGGGUUCAGUGGGUACCUCGUCUUCGGGCUGAUCAUUGGGCUGUCGUACGACAAGAUCACGAAGAUCGUCCCGCUGUUCUCAUCUUGUACCUAUGGCCUGAUGCAGUCCUCUGGAAACAUGGGCCCGGGAACAUGCUCGGGCUUAUCGUACCCCACUGCAAUCCGUGGGACAUGCUACGGUCUGUCCGCCGCCAUUGGGAAGACGGGCGCAGCGAUCGGCACGCAGGCGUUCACGCCGAUCGAGAACAACCUCGGCAAGCGUUGGACGUUCAUCAUUGCCGCGAUAUGCGGCGUCGCCGGCGUGCUCGUCACGUACUUCUUCGUGCCAAACCUGACCGGCGCCGACCUCGCGCUGGAAGACGAGAAGUGGCUCCGCUAUCUCGCGGAGAACGGGUGGGACGGCGAGGUCGGAGAUGAGGGCGGCGAGGUGGCGCUCACCGAGAAAGUCCGCGCGGGGAAUGAGGACGAUAGCGUAGAUGAGAAGGCAUAGGCGCAGAGCGAUCACGGGUGCUGUACGGUGGGGAUUUAACGACACUAUUAAUGACGUGACGGGUUUGCGCUUGCUGU